GCCCCAUCGCUUCUCCGAAGUGGUGAGCCCUGGAGAUCCGGAGCCGAGGGUCUGGGUCCGCGGGAGGCUCUGCUGGGGUGGCCGCCGGACUUGGAUCAGAGAAGCACUUAGGAGACGCGGUGCAGUCGAACAGAGCCACCAUGGGGUCCACAGCCCUGGGGCCCAUUCACCUGCUGGAGCUGUGUGACCAGAAGCUCAUGGAGUUUAUCUGCAACGUGGACAAUAAGGACUUGGUGUGGCUCGAAGAGAUUGAGGAGGAGGCCCAACGCAUGUUCACCAGUGAAUUCAGCAAGGAGCCCGAGCUGAUGCCCAAAACACCUUCUCAGAAGAACCGACGGAAGAAGAGACGGGUUUCUUACAUUCAGGAUGAGAACAGAGACCCCAUCCGGAAAAGCAGGUUGUCCCGCAGAAGGACCCGGAGCAGCCAGCUGAGCUCCCGGCACCUCCGCAGCAAGGACAAGGUGGAGAAGCUGGCCACGGUGGUCGGGGAGAACGGCUCCGUCCUGCGGCGGGUGACCCGGGCUGCGGCCGCGGCGGCGGCAGCCACCGUAGCAUUGGCUGCUCCUUCGCCCACCCCCGAGUCUCCCACAGUGCUGGCCAAAGAGCCUGAAAAUAGCCUGGCCCAGGGCCCGCUGGUGCCUGUGGUGGAGAUCGGCGUCAGCGAGCGCCAGAGUGCUGAGCUGCACCUGGGCCGGCUCAAGUCUGCCCGGGCUCCUUCCCCAACUCCGUCCCUUGUAGCCACGGCUCCCGCCUCCCACAGCAUCUUGAUAUCCGGUGAGGAAUCAACACCCCAGAAGCCGGAGGCUGGGAGACUGGCGUCUGUCACCGUGAGCUCUCUGAUGGCUACACCCCAGGACCCCAAGGGCCGAGGGGGCGGAGCCAGCCGGUCCGCCUCCAAGCUCAGGAUUGCGCAGGCCUCCCCGGGCCCGCAGGAUUUGGCGGGCUCUCCGGCCUCGCCGUGGCAGGAGCGGGUGCUGGCUCCCGUCCUGCCCGAUAACUGCUCCACGCCCACGGGCGCCCACAUAGACCCGCAAUCCGUGCGGCGCAGCCUGAUUGCCCCGUCCUCCCCGGGCCGCAAGGUCUCGCUGGCCCAGAAGUACUCCCUGGUGGCCAAACAGGAGAAGCCUGUCCGCAGGUCAAGCAGAAGGAUUGGCAAGAAAGCCACUGAAGAGCCAGCUGCCUCCGCCCGUAUCAUCUGUGAGUCUGGGGGCCCAACAGGAGGUCACAGUUACCUGGAGAGGCUCCUGAAUAUUGAGGUGCCCCAGAAAGUCGGCCCUGAGCAGAAGCGGCCCAGCGAGGAGGCCGAGCCUGCACAGGCGGCUGAGCCAGAGGGCCCCAAGCAAGACAGGAGUACCCUGUGGCCCUGCAGUGCCACCAAGAUCGCCAUUAGCACACCUGGCUCGCAGCCUGUGGCUGGUGGCCAGGAGACGCCCUCCAAAGGGCGGCAAGAGCCCAAGACUGACCAAGCAGAUGGCCCCAAGGAGCCACCCCAGAGUGUCAGGAGGAAGCGCAGCUACAAGCAGGCCGUGAGUGAGCUGGACGAGGAGCCGCAGCUGGAGGACGAGGAGCUGCAGCCCCCCAGGAGCAAGACCCCUUCCCCACCCUGCCCGGCCAGCAAGGUGGUGCGGCCCCUCCGGACCUUCCUGCACACCGUGCAGAGGAACCAGAUGCUCAUGACUCCGACCUCGGCCCCCCGCAGCAGUGUCAUGAAAUCCUUCAUUAAGCGCAAUACUCCCCUGCGCGUGGACCCUAAGUGCAGCUUCGUUCUCCUGCCACCCAGUAACCUUUAUUGCCAAAACAGCUCCCAGGACCCCACGGCGCUGGGAGGGGGCGCUAAGUCUUUAUUGGGAAGGACGCCCGCCCGUCUUCCCUCACUGCCGAUGGUAGACGCACUCAGUGUCAGGGAGAAGGAGCGGCAGCGCCUGGAGAACCUGCGGAGGAAGGAGGAGGCGGAGCAGCUCCGCAGGCAGAAGGUGGAGGAGGACAAGCGGCGGCGGCUGGAGGAGGUGAAGCUGAAGCGGGAGGAGCGCCUCCGCAAGGUGCUGCAGGCCCGGGAGCGGGUGGAGCAGAUGAAGGAGGAGAAGAAGAAGCAGAUAGAGCAGAAGUUUGCUCAGAUCGACGAGAAGACCGAGAAGGUUAAGGAGGAGCGGCUGGCGGAAGAGAAAGCCAAGAAGAAGGCAGCAGCCAAGAAGAUGGAGGAGGUGGAGGCGCGCCGCAAGCAGGAGGAAGAGGCGCGGAGGCUCAGGCGGCUACAACAGGAUGAGGAAGAGCGGCGUCACCAGGAGCUUCUGCAGAAGAAGAGGGAGGAGGAGCAGGAGCGGCUGCGCAGGGCGGCCGAGGCCAAGAGGCUGGCGGAGCAGCGGGAGCACGAGCGGCAGCUGGCGGAGCAGCAGGAGCACGAACGCAGGAGGGAGCAGGAGCGGCUCCAGGCCGAGAGGGAGCUGCAGGAGAAGGAGAAGGCCCUGCGGCUGGAGAGGGAGCUGGAGGAGAAGAAGAAAAAGGAAGAGCAGCAACGCCUGGCCGAGGAGCGGCUGCUGGAGGAGCAGCAGAGGAAAGCCAGGGAGGCCGCGGCGGCCAGCAAAGGCCUGAAUGUGACCGUGGACGUGCAGUCUCCAGCUUGUACCUCCUAUCAGAUGACUCCGCAGGGGCACAGGCCGCCCCCCAAGAUCAACCCGGAUAACUACGGGAUGGAUCUGAAUAGCGAUGAUUCCACCGAUGACGAGGCCCAUCCCCGGAAGCCCAUCCCCACCUGGGCCAGAGGCACUCAGCUAAGCCAGGCCAUCAUCCACCAGUACCACCACCCCCCAAACCUGCUCGAGCUCUUUGGAACCAUCCUCCCGCUGGACUUGGAGGACAUCUUCAAGAAGAGCAAACCUCGCUACCACAAGCGCACCAGCUCUGCCGUCUGGAACUCGCCGCCCCUGCUGGGCCCCAGGGUCCCCAGCAGCCUGGCCUAUGGCCUGAAGAAGUACUGAGGCCCCCAGGUGUUCCCAGCAGUCUCCACCCCUGCGUGUGUCUGUGUGUCCGCCUCUCUGUUGGUCUGGGGCCAUCCUGCCUGGUGUUCUGUCUCCAGGGGUUUGGCUGUGUGUAUAUAAAUGUCCUCUGUGCGCCGGGGGUUGCAAGUCGCGCAGGCCUGUUUGGAAGCUGCACUUGGCGGGUAGUUGGGGGAGAACCUGCCCAGCCCCACCUGGCCUGCAGACAGUGCUCUGUAAAUAGACUGUUAGAAUUCAGCUGAAUUUUAGCCUCUGGUGUUUGAGAGCUAGAUUAAUAAAGUCUGUUCCUUUAA